CACCAAAACUCCUCCGUUCCCCCCCCCCCAAAAGUCUACGCCAUGAAAAUCAAAUCAGUGAAGCUAAGAGACGCACACGAGGGAAGUUCCAAUGCUUCCUUCUGCUCCAUCUUGUGGGAUCUCCAAUCUCACCACUUGGUCACUGCUUCAUCAUCUCAACCGUCCGUCUCCAUUCACGAUCCCCUUCUUCCUUCGCAUCCGCCACGGGUUCUUCGCCACCACCGAGAUGGUGUCACGGCGUUGGCGAUUAGCCCCAAUUCUACUUGUCUUGCUUCUGGAUCUAUUGAUCAUUCGGUUAAGCUCUAUAAAUUUCCAGGCGGCGAAUUUGAGACUAAUAUUACCAGAUUCACAUUGCCAAUACGUGCACUUGCUUUUAACAAAUCGGGAAGUAUGCUGGCAGCUGCUGGUGAUGAUGAGGGCAUUAAACUUAUUAAUACAAUUGAUGGUUCAAUUUCUAGGGUUCUUAAAGGGCAUAGAGGGCCUGUCACAGGUUUAGCUUUUGAUCCUAAUGGAGAAUACUUGGCAUCAAUUGAUUCAACUGGAACUGUUAUAUAUUGGGAACUUCAAUCCGGAAGAACAUUAUAUACCCUCAAAGGUGUAGCUCCUGAUACCGGUAUGGAUACUUCAGUUUUAAAUGUACUUAGCUGGAGUCCUGAUGGGGAGACUUUAGCUGUCCCUGGUUUGAAAAAUGACAUAGUGAUGUAUGAUAGGGACACGGCUGAAAAGCUUUUUACUUUGAGAGGCGAUCAUAUGCAGCCAAUUUGUUUCAUGUCAUGGUCGCCUAAUGGGAGAUACAUGGCUACUUCCAGUUUGGAUAAGCAAGUUUUGAUCUGGGAUGUUAAGAGGAAGCAAGAUAUUGACAGGCAGAAAUUUGAUGACAGAAUAUGUUGUAUGGCAUGGAAGCCAAUUGGAAAUGCACUAGCUGUCAUUGAUGUCAUGGGAAAGUAUGGAGUGUGGGAAUCGGUUGUUCCGUCUUCAAUGAAGUCCCCUACGGAAGACAUACCGAAUUCUCAGUCGAGGAACAAUGGUCUCCUAUUUUAUGACGAGGAAGAUCAGGAGGUCAGCAUGUCAGGCAGUUUAAGUGAUCUUGGUGAGUCUGAGUUUCCUAGCAGAAAACGAUUGCGAAAACAGUUGGUAGACGAUUAUGAUCAGCAUGAAGAUGUUUAUGAUGAGUUAAGCUUGGUUCCUAAAGCUAAACCCCAGAGAAAAGUGCACCGAGUUAACAAGGAAAUUUUGGAUAAAGAAAAAGAUGCAUUGAAAACCGUAAUGUCAUUUAGGCCAAAAUUGCAAGAGGCUUUUCAGCCAGGUUCGACCCCCCUGGCACCUGGAAAAAGGCAUUUCUUGUGCUACAAUAUGCUUGGAAGUAUAACUACAAUGGAACAGGAUGAAUAUUCCCAUAUAGAGAUAGAUUUUCAUGACACUAGCAUCGGUCCACGAGUUCCACCAAUGACUGAUCAUUAUGGUUUCACAAUGGCUUCACUAAAUGAAAAUGGAAGUGUUUUUGCAAAUCCAUGCAAGAGCGAGAAGAACAUGAGUACACUCAUGUACCGUCCUUUUUGCAGUUGGGCUAAUAACAGUGAGUGGUAUAUGCGAUUCGAAGGCGAAGAAGUAAGAGCAGUGGCACUUGGUUCAACAUGGGUAGCUGCAAUUACAAGCCUUAAUUUUCUUCGAAUCUUCACUAAUGGUGGUUUGCAGAAACAUAUUCUUUCACUUAAUGGACCAGUGGUGACUGCAGCAGGCUUCAAUGAUGAGCUAGCAAUUGUCAACCAUGUUUCUGAUUGUCUUCCAUCUAAUGAGCAGAUGCUAGAGUUUACAUUAUUCAACAUAUCUAAAGGAACCCAAGUCUUCAGAGGUCGUCUUCCAUUAACUCCCGGUUCAUAUUUAACGUGGUUUGGGUUUAGUGAAGAAGGCCAGAUAAGCUCUUAUGAUUCAAAGGGUUUUCUAAGGGUUUUCACAAGCCAAUAUGGUGGCAACUGGCUUCCUCUUUUCAGUGCCAACAAAGAAAGGAAAUCUGGUGAGAAUUAUUGGGUGAUCGGGUUGAAUGCGAGCAAGUUGUUUUGUGUUGUUUGUAAGAAUCCAAAUACAUUCCCACAGGUGCUCCCUAAACCUGUUCUUACUCUGAUAAGCCUGUCAUUUCCUCUUGCAUCCUCUGAUCUUGGAGAAGAAGCCCUUGAAAAUGAGUUUAUGCUAAACAAUCUGCAUCUCUCAAAGAUUCAGAAACAAAUAGAAGCUACAGCUGGUGAAGGCUUGGACACUACUUCUCUUGACGAUGAGGCUUUCGACAUAGAGGCAGCACAAGAUCGAUGCAUCUUCCGGCUAAUUGCAUCCUGCUGCAACAGUGACAAACUUGUGAGAGCCAUCGAACUUGUGAAGCUUUUAUCUGUCGAAAAAUCAGUUAGAGGUGCAAUACAACUUGCCACUGCAUUGAAGCUUCCUAUUUUGGCUGAACGAUUCAAUGAAAUACUGGAGGAAAGGUUGAGAAAUAAAACAAUGGAUUCAAACACUGGUCUUUCAAGUUCAAAACAUGAUCUUGCAGUCAACAAGCCCUAUACUGCAACUGAAAGAUUGGAACCAUUUGCUCCAUCUUCAGCUAAACUCUCAGCUCCUGUGUUUACAAAGAAAGUAAAACCUUUGGAACGAGUUAAAUUCGGAAAGCAAAAGACAGGCAUUGAUCAAAGUGCAAAUCUAGAGGACAGCAAGGAGGUAAAGGAUGCAGAGAAGAAUGAUGGGUCUAGCCAUGUGAAUGGUGUGAAGGAAGUGAAGAACUCAGAUAGUCAAGGCCCUUCAAACUCGUUUCCGAAGUUGCCAAAUAUUCGGGACGGAAAGAAGGAUCCAUCUAAUCCUGUGUCGAAGUCCUCAAAUGAGGAAUCAAAGAAGGUUGUAGGAGAACGACCUAGUAAUCCAUUUUUGAAGUCGACGGUUAAGUGACAGUUAAGUGAAAGUUUAAAGCCAUUGUUUCACUCAACAUGUAAGGAGUUCUUUUGUUGAUAAA